GCCGCCGCUGCCGGUUACGCCAGCCCCGCCGCCGCCCGCUCUGAUUCUGCGCAUAGGCAGCCCCCAAGCCUGUCAUUCUGCAAAAACACAGUUUACUCAACACACACCACACACACACUCACACAUACACACACGCGCGCACACACGCGCACACUGGCCCCCUCGCGCACACGCACGGAGGGCGCGAGCGAGCAGACGCGCACACCCGGCGAGCCAAGUUCCGCAGCCUGGCAUGGCUUCUGGGGACCUUUACGAGGUUGAAAGGAUUGUAGACAAGCGGAAGAACAAGAAAGGAAAAUGGGAGUAUCUGAUCCGCUGGAAAGGGUACGGGAGCGCGGAGGACACGUGGGAGCCGGAGCACCACCUCUUGCACUGUGAGGAGUUCAUUGACGAAUUCAAUGGGUUGCACUUGUCCAAGGACAAGAGGCUCAAGUCGGGGAAGCAGCCCAAUGCCUCCAAGCUCCUGCGUGACAGUCGAGGGCCAUCGGUCGAGAAGCUCUCCCACAGACCUUCAGAAUCAGGAAAGAGCAAAGGGACUUCCCAUAAACGGAAGCGAAUAAACCCUUCCCUUUCCAAGCCGAAAAAAGGGUAUUCCACAAAGCCCCCUGUGGGAGGUGACAGGGCCACUAAGACUGUGUCUUAUAGGACUACCCCCAGUGGUUUGCAAAUCAUGCCCCUGAAAAAGGCCCAGAAUGGGAUGGAAAAUGGGGACGCCAGCUCCGAGAAGGAUGAGAGGCACUUUGGAAAUGGGUCCCAUCAGCCUGGCUUGGAUUUGAACGACCAUGUUGGCGAGCAAGACAUGGGUGACUGUGACGUGAACCAUGCAGCACUGGCUGAGAACGGGCUUGGGCCAUGUGGACUUGGUCAUAUGCCCACAUUGGUGACAGACACCUAUGCAUGUGGGGAGGCCAAGCCACUGAUGCACCAGCCGAGCUCUGUAAUGAGUCUGAAAUUCCUGACUGCGCUUCAAGACACCCAAAGCCAUGGCUCUGCUCUGACCAACGGGGGACUCAACCUGCACAGCCCUGUGAAGAGGAAGCUGGAAGCAGAGAAGGACUAUGUCUUUGACAAGAGGCUCAGGUACAGCGUCCGCCAGAAUGAAAGCAACUGCCGGUUUCGAGACAUUGUCGUGCGGAAGGAAGAGGGGUUCACACACAUCCUGCUGUCCAGCCAGACCUCAGAUAACAACGCCCUGACGCCAGAGAUCAUGAAGGAAGUGCGGCGAGCCCUCUGCAACGCAGCCACGGAUGACAGCAAACUGCUGCUCCUCAGCGCGGUCGGCAGCGUAUUCUGCAGUGGCUUGGACUAUUCCUACCUAAUUGGCAGGUUGUCCAGCGACCGGCGGAAGGAGAGCACACGGAUUGCAGAAGCCAUCAGGGACUUCGUGAAGGCCUUUAUCCAGUUUAAGAAGCCCAUCGUGGUGGCCAUCAAUGGGCCUGCUCUGGGCCUGGGCGCCUCCAUCCUGCCCCUCUGCGACAUUGUGUGGGCCAGCGAGAAGGCCUGGUUUCAGACUCCCUACGCCACCAUCCGCCUCACGCCUGCCGGCUGCUCCUCAUACACCUUCCCUCAGAUCUUGGGUGUUGCGCUGGCCAAUGAGAUGCUCUUCUGUGGCAGGAAGCUCACUGCUCAAGAAGCGUGCAGCCGGGGGCUCGUGUCCCAGGUCUUUUGGCCAACCACGUUCAGCCAGGAGGUCAUGCUGCGGGUCAAGGAGAUGGCAUCCUGCAGCGCCGUGGUGUUAGAGGAGUCCAAAUGCCUCGUUCGGAGCUUCCUAAAAUCAGUGCUUGAGGACGUGAAUGAGAAGGAAUGCCUCAUGCUCAAGCAACUCUGGAGUUCCUCCAAAGGCCUGGACUCUUUGUUCAGCUACCUGCAGGACAAGAUUUACGAGGUCUGAAGGGCCCUGGCUCACCUGCCCCAGCGCUGAAGGGCGCCUGACUUCCAGCUUUCCCUGUGUUUCAGAAAUCGGAGCACAGCGUAUGCCCUGGCCGAGAAGCUUGUUAAGAUGUCUUUUUGUACCUAAGGUUGUGUGCAUAUCUUGUGUCCUUUGGUUGCUCCUCAUCGGUUUGAUUUUGUGUAACAGAUGGGAAACACAGAAUACUUGGCCUCCCCCAGCGUCCCCAUUCCACUGGCCAGAGAGCUAUUGAGGACUGCUACUUCCCAGGCUCUGCCAGGCACCCCUAUCUUUUCCCCACUUGCUGAAAUGCACCAUCUUGGUCCAGGAAGGGGGAGACCAACGUCCCCCAUCCUUCUGACUCAGGCUGUGUCUACACAGUGCCUCUGAUUGGGAGACCUGGCCAUCGUGGCUCUCUGUGGCUAAGUGCAGAUUGGGUGACAGGGGACGGUUCAUCUUAGGGAAUUUCCAGACUGGUGAACAAAAUGGUUGUGUAGACCCUGCCUCAGUCUCCUUUCUGAUGCAGAUCUCUGUGACCUGUAGGGCUUGGUCUUAAAACCUAAUUGAGUGAUUUACAAACCCAGAUAUUGUACAUUUAGAAAUGUUUUUGUUAAAGAUAUAUUUUUUAAAACAAUGUAAGUGGAAAUUCUGAUAAUUUAUGUGUACUAUAUGUAAAGCUAGUUUUGCAAAAACAUGAACUACUAGGAAAACGUUUUUCUUUAAUCAGACCUAUUUAAUUUAUUUAUUUGUGUUUAUAUAUUACAGUGUCUGUUGUUCACACAAAUGUUUUUUUCGCACUGCCCUGGACCAAAUCCCGUACAAGGUUCUUGCCGUUUAGUGCAUUCUAGCAAUGAACCCUGUAGACAUAAAAUUUAGGUAGAUGGCAAUGGAAGGGUUUCAGUGGAUAAAAGGAAUAACUCAGCACCAGGUCCUCUGCAGGUAAAAUGUAAUAAUAUAAUACUAGCUCUUUAGGCUUGUCCUUAGGGGAAAUCAUGGAAGGAUUUUCUCUUCACUCUGCUGCCUUUUAGGAGAUAAAGGGUCCUCCCAGCUGAAAUGGUACACAAACCUACAGUUCCUACUUGUUUGCUGUCAGGAAGAGGUGGGGAAUAAGGCCCUGUCUGGGGACCAUGUAUUAUCUGGAGUCAGAUUGAUUUGCUUGGGGAAAAUGCUUGAAGUUGGACUUAGGAGUUUUUUUCUUCCGUGUGGCCAGUGAUUUCUGAUUUUGGCCUUCUGGGAGGAGAAGAAGAGUUCCCAUUCUGCUGAGCUAUCAGCUAAAAGUCUGACCCUUUCUCUCUCUAGACACCAAGACUAUCCAUCUUUUUUCUUGUUGUUGCUGACAAAAGGGAGCAAUGGUCAGGUGUGAGGUUUCCUGCUCAGUGGCCUUGGGUUACCAGAAAACUCUGGAACUGCUAUUAGACCGUCAAACUACAGUCCCUGAGUCAGCUGCAGGGAGUGAGGGGUGUUUGGUUUUGGUUUUGAUUGAUGAGGAGGGAGUUAAACAUCGAGGAUAGAUUAGAGAAAUGAAGGAUGUUCUGCAUGAGGCUUAAACACUUAUCAUGAGUCAAGCACCCAGAGAAAGUUAGAUGCUCAAGGUGGUGGGAUUUUUCCAUUUCCAUUGCAACCCCUGUCUUCUCAGAGGCCCUUUGCUCUUCCCUCGUUCUCUUUUCCUCUGUUAGUCAUUAGCUACUCUUGUCCCCUGAGAUGGUUGAAUGGAACAGUCAGAGUUGGGCACAGCUCGGGGAGAUGAGGCUGGCUGAGAAGAGGAAGAGUCAUUGCUGCCAUUACCGCUCCUUGGUCCUCUCUCCUCAACUAAAGGUGACCAGAUGUCCUGGGCGUGGCAGAUGGAGGGAUCCAUGGCCCUGAGCAUUGAAUUUCAAAGAACAGGUUCAGUGUCUACAGUAGAGCGAGAGACAUGAUCCCUUAAACGGUGACUAAAGUUUAUUUGGACUCUUGAUCCUUAAGAUGCUCUUGGUUUCCUCUGUAGGAAACUUUCCUACUUGAGUUUCUCUGUGACUUCAUGAGGGUCAAGGAGGAGAGGAAGUGUCUCCCGUCUCCUCCAGCCUGUGCCAUCUUGGCCAUGGGAGGCAGAAAGGAACAGCCAUCUUGUCUGAAUCCAGGCAGAGGAAGAUGGAAUUGAAGUCCUGGUUACCCUCCCCUUCGUCUAUUUGGGUCCUCUAUAGGGAAUACUACAGGGAAACACCUGCUUUUGCCCAAAUGCCUAUUGUCACAUGCCCACUUUGAGAAAGCCGGUGUAUGCUUUCCUAAAGCCCUCAGAUAAACCUUUAUUCUCAUGUAUUGUGACAGAUAAUCUCUUCACCAUCACCAAAUCCUCUAAAGAAAGAGCCUCUUGCUUUCUGUUUAGCUUCUGAUCGGAGACAGCUAUAAUCAACAUCUAUAGAAGUAGUGUCUGGAUUCUUACUGGACAUGGAAGAGGAUGUUGGAAAUUCCUUUUAAUCCAUAUCCACCUUUGUUCCCUGCUGAAAGAGCCAGGAGUGGUUUAGCUUUGGACGCACCACCAAAUCCAAAAUUCUAAACGUUUUCCUGCUCUCUGAUGACUGAAGUAGUGUGGAAGCAUUUCUAGGUGGAAUCCAUGUUAAUUUAUAGGUUCUGAAUGUAACAGGAAGUUUUUUAAAAGACAGUCUGUAUUUUGGUUAUUUCUAUGCAGUCUGUUCAAUAAGGAUGUUUUACCAGUUUGGCAAAAGUUAAGUCUGUUUUCUAUAGGGUAGGCUGAACCACUGAGUUUUUCAAUUUUCAGAUACUUGUUCUGAUAAUGUAUAGAUGAAAUUUGCUUAUUGCAAAUUGACCCAAGACCAGAUUUGUUGUUGUGUAGGGACUUAUCCUAAUAGGUUUCUUGGGACAAUGCUCAAACUUUCAUUUUUCUGUUUUCUACCCUAGUGCCCUCUGUCCUUCGAUCGGAUCCAUUCUUCUCUUUCUCUCAAAUGCUUUGCCUUCAACCCAUGCUAUGUCUGUCACACCCUAGAGCUGGGCAGGCCUGUGAGGAGUUGUGGCUGGUCCCACAGUUUCCUUUGGGGGUGGAAGAAUGGCUGUGGGUGGGGAGUAAAGGGCAUCUCUUUAGUCAAGGAAGCUUUUCCAGGCAACCUGCUCUUUGCCACCCUAUUAGCUGUGUGUUGGAACUCACUCUCUUUCUCUCCCCCAGCCGCUAACAAUGCUUAGCUCCUGUGUCUUAUAGUGGAACCAUUUGAGUUAACAGCCCCAUUCUAAGAGGACUUUGUGCAGGACUUGGCCAACGUGAUCUGACUUCCUUCACCAUUUGGAAGCCACAGCCUACUGCCAAUGCACCACAUGUCCCUCCCUGUUUUAAAAUAAUGCCUUUGAGUAAAAACUAUCAAAAUUACCUACUAAGAAUUGAAUAGCUGUGAGAAGGUAGCAGGGAAUUGAUUUAAAAUAUUAUUCUCAUUUGGGAUAGAUUAAGCUAGGAAAUGUUCUCUCUGAAGCAUGAAAAUAUGUUUUCCCAUAUGAAGUUUAAUAUGCAGAUGGAAAAAUAAUAAUCAAAUUGGACUUUGAACAAGGCGACUAUCUCUCUGAAUAUCCACAUUUAAACAUAGCCGUGAGUGAAUGCUGAAUUGCAUUUUUCAUUAUUAAUUGUUAGUUUAAAAAGAUUUGUAAACUUUUUUAAUUUAAAAUUUAGUCACAUUCAUGCAAUUUUACAAUCGAGUUUCUGUGGGAAAUUUUUUAACAGAGAAACAAAUAGGAACACCUUCAAACCUUCCUAAUUGAAUAUUUAAAAUGCAGAAUUGCUUCUCUUCUGUGUUUCUGUAUUCAGAUACUUAGAUCUGUUGUAUAUAUUAGUCUAGAUACUCUCACUAAUAUACACAGUAUUUAAGACUCUAAAUGAGAUUUCUUAAGUAUUUUAUUUUAUUCUCUGUAAAUGGUUUUGUAUAAUCUUUAAAAAUCUACACUUUGCCUUUGUAGAUACUUAAGGGAAACCAUUUGGGGGUUGUCUUGCAUGUAUAUUUUUGUUGUAGAUAAGUGUUGCUUAGUUAUUUCUGCAAAUUUUGGUUGAAAUGCUUACAGACUUUAAUACAGUAUAUAUUUUCAGAAUAUAAACUUUUAUAUUUCUGUGGUAAAUUAGGAUAUGCGUUUUAGGCAAUCUUUUCCAUUCAUAUUACUUGUUCUUUCAAACAAUAGCAUACAGGUUUGGUGUCAAUAGUUUUGUUUUUUUUUUACAUUAGAAUUUAAUGCUCUUAUAUUGUUAGAGAGCCGGUUAAUUUUUUUUCUUGAAAUAUUUGAGUUUGAAGCAUAUUUUGAAAAUAUGUUGAAUUUGUGAAUAAGCCUUACCAUUAGGAUCAGUAAAUUUUGCAACCUUUGCAACAACAUAUAUAAUUUAAGAUCUCCCUAUUUAUAAAUUCUCACUAUGUGGCAGUUGGUGAAGUUUGUGAACAGAGCCUUAAGCUUGUUGCAAAAUAAAGGGUAAUACGGGUUGUUUCAUCCAAGCAACGUAGGCCAUGUUGAUAGGGCUCAAUGUAGCCCAUAACUCAUGGCUAGUCGGAAGAGUUUGGUUGAGCUGAUGGCAGCCAGGGCCAGAUAGAUGUCUUGGUGAUUAUCUUUGGCCAUAAGAAUGGACCAAAGACAGGUUUUCCUUAGCCACCUUUGUACUAUUCACUAAUUUAGACACGGUCACAGGGAGGGCUGCUGGUCCAUCAUUUGUUCCAAACUAAUGGUAUUUUCUGCUCCUGAUCUCAACAGUUGACCCAGGUUCUUUGUGGGUGACUGGGAAAUGUCCAGUCUGGUUGAGGUCAGCACUUAUUGAGAGAUGUUAACAAAGUUUACAUAUGAGUCUUACUGUGUAGACAAUCUGAAGUCGAUUUCAGUUCCAUGAUCAGCAGCAUCCCCACGUGUCCUCAGUGUCUUACCAGUGGACAAUGCAUGUUAAGCCAUACCAAACAUGAGGUUAGCAGGAGAAAGGCAAACUAGAUGCAGGGCAUACAUAUCAGCUGGACCAGUCCACCAGGGCUGUUUUAAUGGAAUGUGGGUCAUGGAGCUGUUGACAGUGGGCCCGCUGUGUCUGGGAUCUAAUAAAAUCAACUAGAAAUUAGAUUUAAAUGUUUUAAAAAUUAUGAUUCGUUUUGAUUGGCCGCCAUUCAUUAAGUAGUCACCAAUUGAUUCUCUUUGCCAGCACGACAAAGAUGAUCUUGACACCAGGGCUAUAUUAUAGCCAAAGUCAAGUUACAUAUUUGGUUCACUGCAAGUAGGUGUUCAGAAAGUCAACUUACCGACCAUGAGAAUGGAAGUUUGCUUCACAUUUCUGCAGUGUGUGUGACAGUCAGAAAAACUGGCUUCUGAUUGAGUUUCAGCUCUGGCAUCUCUAUGAGUUGGCCAGUAAAGACUUCACUGAGCUCAGUAAGGUGACUCUGUGAAGUUUGGAGGGUGUAGCGUUUUCCAUCUACUAUUUAAUUUGUCCCUGUGCCAUUAUGUAGUCCCAGCUUAGUCAAUUUGGUCAUUUUCAUGUUAACAGGAUUGUGAAAAUAUUGCUUUUCAUAAAACCAAGGACCAAAGAAUCCCAUUAUUCCAACAAAGAAUGAGUUCCAUGGAGGGUGGGCACAUCUCUACAGAGAUGAGCAUACUUUGUGGCACAGAGAAACUGCUCGCUUCUGCCAACCUCAUGUUCCCCCUGGCUGGCCGCACAGAGGGACUAGCUGUUCCAUUGAGAAGACUCUGAAAGAUGAGUUUCCAAGACUGACCUCAGGUGGGUGUUUCUGCUGUGCAGUCCCAGCUUUUAUCCAUAUCAUAAAAAGUGGAGGUCUGGUGUUCCUCCAGGUUGCCUGGCCAGCGUAGCCUGCUUCAUCUGAAUAGGAACCUCCAGUGUGAGUUUUUCAGAUAUGUCUACUCUGAGCAGUGUGAUCAUGCAAUUGCCAAAUUUCCACCUCCUUUUGUUCUGCACAGACCCAUUCCAACCCCUGUUUGGUGUGAGAACUUUCUUCUCUUCUCACGUCAGAUAAUGCUCCGUUUUCAUUCAUGACGAAGUUAUCGAUUCAUUUACCGACUGACAAAUGAUUGAUGCUGAAGAAGUUGUGUUCUAUUGGUAAGGCUUAUUACCAAACUUCUGAUAAUGAAGCAGGCUACCAAAAACUUACCCAGCUCACCCUAGGAGUGUUUGGAUUUGAUCAUGGAUGUAGCACACACACCAAAAUCCACGGAGACCUUUGCAAAUUAGGCUAGUCGUUUUAUUUUGCCAGAUUAUCAGGGGAGAGUCUUUAACUAGUUCUGAAUAUUUGUAAGUAUGAGUACUUCAUAGAAUUAUAAUGCAGGUACAGCUCACCCUUUCUCACCAUGUUGUAAAUAUUUCCUGAGACUGGGUACAAUACUGAGGGGUAAUAAUCUUCUGAUUUAUCAAAUGCUGACUGUCUAGAGCAAACUGUACACUCUCUUUGUGAAUGGUCCUGUAACGUGUAUGAACACAUUUCUGGGUGCCUUAGAAGUUGUAUUUUUCAUGUGUGCUAAUAUGCAGUAUUUAUACAUUGUGAGAAGCUGCUUUGAAUAAAAAGGUUGAAACUUCAUCUCCAUUUGCUUGUGUUUCUCCCUUUUGCAGCCCAUACGUGAAGUUUACCAGCAGAUUCUGUGGUUUCUGAACAGAGGAGUUUCUGGUACUUCUGGGUUUUGAGACUUCUGAGACUUCAAGAUUGGGUCUGCUCCCUGGAGAGUGUAGACACCCCACCCAUGUCUGGCUUCAGGCUUCCAUUACUCAGGCAGACAGUCACUGGGGAGGAACAACUCGAUGCCAGAGGACCCUAGUACUGGUGGGGUAUGGGAAUUGAUUUUCAGCACUUAGACCUUGCAUGAUACCCUAGAAUGAUGGCUCCUUGCACCAGGGGCUCCCCUUCUAAUUAGAGGUAAACCUCCACAGAGCUCUGCAAUCCCAGCCGCCGUCCUUGGCUAACGACGAUAUUUGUCACUAUGGAGUUCUGCAAGGCACUUCGCAUACAUGAUCUCAUUGAUCUGAUCAUCACAAUGUGGCUGUGUGAGAAGCACACAGAUGUGGACCCCUGGCUUUGGCCUUGGAGGCAUUGUCGGGGCUUUAGGACAGAGGAAAAGGUGGUCUUUCAGGGGUUGUAGCAACAGGGAAUUCUGGGACAGUGAUGUGCUCAAGAACAUGCAUCCAGCCAUCCAUCCAUUCAACUACCCAGAGCCCCUGCUCUGUCUCAGGCAGUGUACGAGGUGCAGGGGUGCAGAGCCUACUUGGCCACAGUCCCUUCUUGUAGGAGCUUGGAGUCUAGUUAGGUGGAAAGGGGAGAAGGAGACCCUGCCAUGAUGCAUCCUUGCAGUGUUUGAAGGGAUGAGCAGCAACCACACAGUAUUGGAGAGAACACCUUAACAAUCACCAACACACUUGGAACCUAGGAGAUGUUGCAGCAUGAAUUGUUUAUAUCCUAUCGGUCACCGUUCUGCCCAUGUGGGCCAACCAGGCUUGGAUGGAGCUCAGGAUUUGUCCACUGCUGGCUUCUCUUUCCUUUUUCUUGCCACUGUCAUUGAUGUCUUCAUUGUCAUCGGUGCCAUUGUUUUGUGUGCCUCUUUGUCCUUUGUCCAAGGUCCUGACUCCAUCCAAGCAGUGAAGGUCAAAGUGGAGAGUCUUUUGUUUCUAGCUUCUUAUGGUCCUUCAAGUAGAUUGGCCUAGGCCUUUUGGAUGCUGCAGAGUGGAACAUCUGUAACAAACGCUUGUUAUUUUGCCAUUCAGUCUCCCAUAGGCUAACCGAAAGAGCUUCUCCCCAGUAGAGGGAGGAAAGGACGGUGUCAGUUUCCUACAGCUGCCAGAACAAAAUGAUACAAAGUGGGUGGCUUUAAAGAGCAGAAAUUUGUUGCCCCACAGUUCUUGAGGCUAAAGGAUUUGACUUCGAUUAAUGAUGCAAUGGUGGUGAUGUCUCAACUUUCCUGAUCUGUACAAUGAGCAUGUUGUUGUUGUUAGUUGUCGUCGAAACAAAAAAGUCAGCUCCAAUUUAGGACAACCCUGUGUGUGCGGAGUAGAACUCAAUAGGGGCUUCAAGGCUGUGAUCUUUCAGAAACAGAUUGCCAGGCCUGUCUUCCAUGAUGCCUCUAGGUAGGUUCGAACUGUCAACAUUUUAGCUAGUAGUAGAGUGUUUGAUAGUUUGUGCCACCCAGGGACUCCAUGGUGGACACAAUGACACCUAAUGCAGAUUAUUAUGAGGGUUGUGUGGGCUAAAUGCAGAAAGUGCCCAGAAGAAGGGCUGACAAGUACUAGAUGUCUCGUAAAUGUUAAUUCCCUGACAUCCACUCCCUCUCCUUUCCCCAUAAAAGCAAUGCAAAUCUGGGUGGAAAAUGGAGGAAGAAGGGUAGGGAGUAAACCAGGAGGCAGGGAGUGUCUCUCUGCGUCUGUCUUUAGAGACUGAUAUCCAAGCUGGUGUAAUUCAAGAAGUGCCAGGAGACCCCACCUACUUGGGAAAUCCCCAAGCCAGAUGGUGACUUGUAACUUAAUAGCCUACUGGAUUAAGGGCCUUAAAAAUGAUUUGUAGAUGUCAGUUGGUUGGGGUCCUCAGGUCUAGCCACUGUGUGCAGAGGAACACACACCCAUGCACACACUAAUGGAGCACAAAGGGUGCGCCUGCUCAGGGCGGGUGGGGAAAGCUUGUUCUUCCGAUUGCCCAGCUAUUAUUGAACUUAGAGUCCUAGGCUUUACUGGGACAGAUGGUAAAUGACCUGUUGCAAGGUGACAGGGGACGUGAUGGGCUCUGUCUUUACGGGCACACGUGGUGUCCCAGGUUGCCACCUGUGCAGCCACCUUUGUUUAAGCUUUCACUUCCAAAGACAGACACUUGAGCUGUUCUCACAGUCCUUUGGAUGGUAAAAAGCAGGGAGUGACAAAGAGGAGAAAAUUCACAAGUUGUGGACCAAUUCCUGGUGGAAUAGAUCUGUGUUGAUGACUUUCUUUUUUUUUCUUUUUUAAGAAAUCUUGUGGUUGUGUCUGAAGAUCGUAUCUACUCUUGGCCACAUUUCCUGUUUGUUUGUGCAGCCUCUGUCUUCCCCUUCUGCCCCUCCCAAUAUCUUGCAUUGUUCAUCACUAUGUCAUCAUAGCAACAGCCCUGGUAUAGCAGAGAGAGCAUGACGCUUAGAAUCAGAUAGACUUGGGUUCAAAUUCCAACUCUGUCACUGUGUGACCUGUUGUGAUGACAUAACCCCUCUGGGCUUCAGAUUCCUCUCCUAGUGUUUCUUAAGGAUUUUUGAGUUUCUGUUAAGGGUAAUGGAAAGAUGUGGGAGUGGAUAGUAGUCAUGUUUGCACAACAUGAUAAAAGUAAUUAAUGUCACUAAAUUGUACACAUAAAAAUGUUGAAAUGGCAAAUGUUUUGUUACAUAGGUUUUUACUGUGAUUAAAGAAAUACAUGGACAUACUACUGUAUUUCAGGUUAGAUCCUUUUCCUUAUCUAUAAGCUGUUUUUAAGCCCCAUGACUUUUAAAACUGAGACUCAGAGAGGUGAAGUGACUUGCCUAAGAACAGACAAUGGUAAACAGUUCAGCGGGAAUUCCAACUUACUUGUUUGUUUUUAAACUUUUCAUUGUGAAAUAAUUUCAGACUUACAGAAAUGUUACAAAAACAGUAUCAAAAAAUCCUACAGACCUUCACCCAGAUCCCCCUUCCCCCAAUAUUAACAUCGUGUAUAAGCACAGCACAGUGAUAAAAAUCAG